AACAACUCUUUACGAAUCAAGUCCCUAGUUGAUCCUAUUUCCAACAAUAUAAAGCUCGAUGAAGUAAAUGGCGAUAAUUUAUUAAGUGAAGAAAUUAUCGAGUUUUCAACCCGGCUUUCAUUGGUAAUAACAAUUUAUUCAUUGAAGAACAAAGCAAGACCUCGGAUAACAGGGCUCAACGAUGGACUUCGUGAAAUCAUGAUUAUAAUCCGGCAAGCUUAA